CCACACGACCCUGUUGAUUUUGAAAUAAGGAAGUCGCCGUCAUCGGCACUAGAGCUGCCGGUAUUCAAACAAUCCAAACAAUUCCCAAAGAGUAAGUCUCGAUUGAGGAGAUGGAACCAAUUCGCCCUCUCUAUCCCGAGACUUUUCAACAUUUCAAAGAAACGCCGUACUGUUUCAUUCACGCUGCAGACCCCAGGAAGGCUCUCAGCUGACUCUCGAAGAGCCCAGAGCUUUUUUGGGAAGAGUCGUACACCAAGCUAG